AUGAGAAGACAUAAUUAUGGAACAUUCCCAACUUGUUUUUUAGGUGUAAUAUUCUUAAUGAAAAGAUUAAACUGUGAUAUAGUUCUUGAUCCUCUUUGGAGAAGUUUAAUGGAACAAGCAGGACACCUCGGUUCUCUAUACAAUGAUGUGUUCUCCUAUGAAAAAGAACUCAGAGAAAAAGAUGUAAGAAUGAAUAGUUUCUAUUUUAUGAAAACUCAAAACAAUUGGUCUGAUCAAGAAUGUCUUGAUUUCAAGGAAAAAGAAAUUGAUAAUUGUUUUGAUCAAUUGUUUAUUUAUGAAAAACUAAUAAUUCUAAAAUUCAUUCCAACUCUUCCAAAAAGAAGAAGAUCAGGAAGAAUUAUAUGA